ACUAAGAAAAUUUCGUUGGCAGAAAUUUAUUGAAGAAUGGAGCAGAUUUUUUUGGCCAAGGAAAAUCCAGUAUCGUCGAUAUCCAUCAAAAAGAAUGCAUUGUCUAUUAAUAAUAGUAGCAUAAAACAAAAUGCCAGAAAAUUAGUUCUGGGAAAGCUGGAAAAUGUGAUGCAUCAAAACCAAACGCCAUUUAAAAGUGAUUCCAUAUCAUUCCCUAAGAGCGUUGCAAAAUUGCCACUUCAGAAUUUCCAUAGAAAUUAUGAUAAUGAACGUGGAGAAGCCAUUCUGAAAGUUACACCUAAUUACUUGGGUCUCUAUUCUUUAAAAAAUGAAAUAUGUUCCCAGAGUGCCUAUGAAAACUUAUUUGAUUAUAUGGACUUUUCGAGUACGAAGUGCUUGAAUAAAUGCUGGAGACCCAUUGCUGAAAUAUGGUUGGAUAAUCAAUCUGGUAAAAAUACUUUUACUCAAACAAUUUUAAAUGAUCUUGGCGACUUAGUGGAAACUUUGGAAACUGAGUGCUGCAUCUCAAUAUACAAUGUUUUUUGUGACAACUUUGACAGGGACAAUUGUUCCAAACAAGAUAUUGAUAACACUGGGACUGAACAAUGCGAGUAUAAGUUGGACUCACAUAUGGCGCUGCCAAAUUUAGAUGAUAUAGAUAUACCUUUUUAGACAUGAUAAAUUAAGCACGCUGACGUCCUAUCGGGCGUUUGUCUCUUACUAAAUUAAUAUACUUUAAAUAAAUUUUAAAUUGACA